AUGAUUGCACCCGGCAAGAAGGCUUCAGUGGAUCUUGAAAGCUACUUGGCUAUUUUUGUGGACGAAAUUCGUGAUCUUUGUGAACAUGGCAUGCUGGUUCGAGUGAAUGGUGGUGAAGUUGCCCGAGUAAGCGUUCAUUUGGCAAUGGCGACUGGCGAUCUUGUAGAAGUAUCACAUUUGAUGUUGCAUGGAGGAGUCUCCAGUCAGUUUGGCUGUAUGAAGUGCCUCAUAGACACACAAGGAGGCCAAUGCUUUACUCGCACAAUCAGAAAUUUCCAAUACAGAACUCUCGAACAACUGAAAGCACCACUGCCUGUUGGCGUAAAACAUGUGUUUAACAUCAAAGGACCAUCCAUAUUUACCACUCUCAAGUCUUUUCCUGCCAACCCAUCGUUCUACGGUCUCGACACACUUCACCUACUGAGCAUUGGAUUAGCUAAGCAUUUGUACGAGCUCUUGUCUUCUCCAUUGCAUCCAUCCAAGUUUGAUAACCGAUGCAAGCCCUCUAUCGAAGAACUGAAAGAAGCAAAGCUUGAUAAAGCAAGUGCCUGGCCUUACACCUUUGAUUUAGAUCCCGAAGUUCUGGCAAAGAUCGGUCAGUAUGUGGCUCAGUCAAAGAAGACCAUUCCAACUACCUUCAAUGCACCAGGAGGAGUUACCAACUACCGAGCAGUUGACUAUGAAGAGUUUAUGAUUUUCAUUGUUCCAGCCCUGAUAGCACCACACUAUCCUGACUCAAUCAGAAAACCUCUUCUGGGUAUCGUUAAAGUGGCAGCUUUGGUAUUGCAGAAGAAUGAAUUGCAUGCUUCAGACUUACAAUUCAUAGAAGCUAAGAUUAACGAUUGGCACAAACUGCUGAUCACUGAAAUCAAAGCCAAACGCCUUCCUAUCAAGACCUUUCGACCAAACGCCCAUUAUUUAGGACACUUGACUUACCUGAUCAAAGCGCAAGGUUUACCGGCUUCGACUUCCAGUCGAUCUAUCGAAAGAUCCAUCGGCAGGUACAAACGCUUGAUAAGUGCUCGCACAAAUGUUGGUAUAAAUGCCGGAAACAUCAUUGAUCGUUUGGCAAUUAUGCGAGCCAUCAAGGCAUCUACAACUGGUGAUGGUACAGGCGAUGGUGAAGACAAACUAAAUGAUCUGGAUGCUCGAAUCAAUCUCUUAGUGCCUCGACGAUACGAUCCAACUACCUUCGUAAAUCUAAAGAAUGACAAUGGCAACGGAAGUCAGCUCUGGUAUCCAGUCAUCCACACAACGGUUUCAAGUAUCCCAACCUCCGUCAACGUCAACACACCUCUUUUUGUCAAGGCUAUACAGUCCUACCACGACCGGCAAUACUCGACUAAUGUUCUGCAGAAUGUCGGUAUGUCAAUUCGCAGUAACUCUCGUCGCAAGGUCAAAGCUUUCUAUGUAGGGGCGGUUAUUUUCAUGUUCAAGCUCGAAAUUGAGGGGAUUGGCGAUGAGUUGUUCUUGCUUAUUCGAUUGGGAAAGACUCAUGCUGUUGACGACAAAGACAAGACGAUGCCCAUAGUGGAGCUGGAUGAUGACCAGGAUUCAUCCGCAUAUUUGGUGUGCACAUUUGAGCAGGUCAUUUGCCAAGUUGGUCUGAUGCGUUUUAGCGAGAAUGACAAGAGAUAUAAAGUGAUAACGAAGGAAAAGGCUUUCCGGGCCUCGAUAGAGACUUAUAAACCUGGAAAAAACUCAUUUGUGCUACCUCAAUAA